AUGAAACUCCUCGUUAUCCUUCUGUCUGCCUUCUGUGCCCUUACGCAUGGAUGUCCCACCAUCGUGUCCAAGUCAGCAUGGGGAGGAAAGGCUGCCAAAUGCAGCAGUCGUUUAACUACUCCAGUCCCAUAUGUGAUCAUCCACCACACUGAGGGGGCAUUUUGUUCCUCACCGGCUACAUGUUCUGCUCAAGCCAGAAAUGUCCAGAAUUAUCACAUGAGCAGUCGAGGCUGGUGUGACAUUGGAUACAACUUUCUGGUUGGAGAAGAUGGCCGUGUAUAUGAAGGACGUGGCUGGAGAAACCUCGGAGCUCAUGCAACAGGCUACAACUCAAAAUCCAUUGGAAUUAGCUUUAUUGGAUCGUUCACUAAGCGCGCUCCCAGUGCUAGCGCCCUAAAUGCUGCUCAAAGUCUGAUAAAGUGUGGAGUCUCGAAAGGUUAUAUCAAAUCAGCUUAUAUUCUGAAGGGACAUCGCAAUGUAGGGAACACAGAUUGCCCUGGAGCCAAAUUAUACCAAAUCAUUCAAAAAUGGCGCAAUUUUAAGGCUUGAGACUCAAGCAUUGUGCAAUGAAUUUAUCUUGCUGUACUGCGUUUCUAUCAUACUUGACAUUAUUUUACACCUGUAAACAUUUUGUAGGUAUCCCAUUUUGUGCCACACAGCUCCUUAAAUGUGCAGAGAUCUUCAAACCAAUAACACAAGACAGAUACUUUCUGGGACAUACUCACACAUGUACGCUUUAGUUUUUAUGACAUCUCUCAAAGAAGGGCAAUACAUGAUGAUACUCCAUCUUAAAUAGUACACUCUAUUCUCUCCUGUAUCUCAUUGAAAUAUAAAAUGUUCAGCUUUUUCUACUAACAGCAAAAAAUAUUAAUUUACUUUAACCCACAUUGUGCUUUAAUUUACUACAGAAAUCUGCUUUUACAAGGAAAUACUGCUGUAAUAAAAUAUAUAUCAUUCUAUAUGACUUUUUGCUA